AUGGCAGAGAGCUCAGACAAAGUGCCCAUCGCCCUAGCAGGCCCAGAGGACGUGGAGCAGUGUCGCCCACCCGCGUACACAGCGGUGGCAGUGAGACCCUCCAGCCCCGGGCGGCUGCUCAAGAUCGGAGCCGUGGUCCUCAUAUCGGGGGCGCUCCUGCUGCUCUUCGGGGCUAUCGGCGCCUUUUACUUCUGGAAGGUGAAUGACAAACAUAUUUAUAAUGUCCAUUAUACCAUGAGUAUUAACGGAAAAAUACAGGAGGGAUCAAUGGAAAUAGAUGCUGGGAACAACCUGGAGACCUUUAAAAUAGGAAGUGGAGCUGAAGAAGCAAUUGAAGUUAAUGAUUUCCAGAAUGGCAUCACUGGAAUCCGUUUUGCUGGAGGAGAAAAAUGUUAUAUUAAAGUCCAAGUGAAAGCUCACAUACCUCAGGUGGAUGCCAAGACUAAACAGAGCAUCAGCUCAGGACUGGAAGGCAAGAUCAUGCCAGUUAAAUUUGAAGAAAAUUCUCUUAUCUGGGUAGCUGCAGACCAGCCUGUUAAGGAUAACAGCUUCCUGAGUACUAAAAUCUUAGAACUCUGUGGAGAUCUUCCUAUUUUCUGGCUUAAACCAACACAUCCAAAAGAAAACCAAAGAGAACGAAGAGAAAUCUUGAGAAAAAUUCAUCAAGCUACUACAAGAAGACCAAAUAGUGGGCCCCAGGAUAAUCCAAGCACUGGAAGGCCAGUUAAUGAAACAAGGCCCAGUAUUCAGGAGGAUACAAAACCCUUCAAUCCAGAUAAUCCUUACCAUGUGAAAGAAGGUGAAGGCAUGACAUUUGACCCCAGACUAGAUCAUGAAGGCAUCUGCUGUAUUGAAUGCCGGCGGAGUUACACUCACUGCCAAAGGAUCUGUGAGCCUCUUGGUGGAUACUUUCCCUGGCCUUAUAACUACCAAGGUUGUCGCUCAGCUUGCAGAGUGGUCAUGCCUUGUAGCUGGUGGGUGGCCCGUAUCUUGGGUAUGGUGUGA